UAGCCUCUCUCUGCCUGUUUAAUGAGCUCUAAUUAGAGAGAUGAGUCUGAUCAAGGACCUGGACCCCCAGCGGACCCUCUAGAAAUACUCAGAAAAGAAUCAUCGCUUCUUGUGAGACACAUUGGUUUUGUUCCUGAUGAGCAGAAGAAAAGAUGUGAAACUAUGGCCGGCGCUACACACACCGGCUGCUCUGUCACCACUGAACACUGUAAAGUCCGCUGAGAUGUUUACUGUGGUAUAAGCAGCUCUGACAGAAGCAGGACAGCUAUGAGUGCUGACACAGCCAACAGAAUGGAUCUGGACCCGGAUUAUCAUGCAGAACUGACCGAUAUGGUAGCAGCCAUGAAUGUGGCAGCCAACCGGCUGACCCCACCAAAUGGCUACAGGAACCCACAUCGCCUCAAUCUCUCGGAUCGCAAGCUGUCGUUGCAGGAGCGAUCGAGUUACGGCCCUACCCCGAGGACAGCCAGGAGACCCACUAUUGAAUCCAAACGGGUGUCUAUCUCUGAUGGCGAUGACUGUGUUCAACUCAACCAGUAUAAAUUAAAGAAUGCGAUAGGAAAAGGUUCAUACGGUGUGGUCAAACUAGCAUAUAAUGAAGAUGAUGACCAGUACUAUGCUAUGAAGCUUGUUUCCAAAAAGAAGCUAAUGAAGCAGUUUGGAUUCACAAGACGCCCGCCUUCCAGAGAAUCUAAUGGAUCACAGGAGAAUCUUUCAAAGCCUUUUGGCCUGUUGGACCGAAUAUAUCAAGAAAUUGCUAUCUUGAAAAAACUUGACCAUCUUAACGUUGUUAAAUUAGUUGAGGUUCUUGAUGACCCUGUUGAAGAUAACUUGCAUAUGGUCUUUGAGUUGGUACCUAAAGGUCCAAUAAUGGAGAUCCCAACAGACAAUCCACUGACGGAGGAUAUGGCCCGUUUCUACUUUAGAGACGUAAUUCUGGGAAUUGAAUACUUACACUAUCAGAAAAUCAUUCACAGAGACAUCAAACCCUCAAAUCUGUUGCUGGGGGAUGAUGGCCACAUAAAGAUAGCAGAUUUUGGUGUCAGUAAUGAGUUUGAGGGUCAUGAUGCUCUCCUGUCAAACAGUGCAGGAACUCCAGCCUUCAUGGCCCCUGAAACUCUGACUGACCAGGAUCAGAGAUUCAGCGGCAGGGCUUUAGACGUAUGGGCAAUGGGAAUAACACUAUACAGUUUUGUCUUCGGAAGGUGUCCCUUUCAUGAUGAUUACAUCCUAGGCCUGCAUGAGAAAAUCAGGACCAUGCCAGUGGAGUUUCCAGACAAUCCAUUGAUCAAUGAGGGGUUGAGAGAUCUCCUUACCAGAAUGCUACAUAAAGCCCCUGAAACUCGAAUCACGAUACCAGAAAUAAAGUUGCACCCAUGGGUAACACUUGAUGGUACCGAUCUGUUACCUCUGGAGGAGGAACACUGUACAGUGGUGGAGGUCACAGCUGAAGAUAUCCAGAACUCCGUGAAACUAAUUCCCAGUCUGUCUACUGUGAUCCUGGUGAAAUCCAUGUUGCGAAAGCGUUCCUUCAGUAAUCCUUUUGAAGGUCGCAGACAGGGCAGGUCCAUGUCGGCACCUGGAGGUCUGACCUUGGAUACAUCGCUGUUUCGCCCUUUAAGGGGAAGUAACAGUGUUGGCAGCAGAGAAGGAGAACUGGAGAAUCUUAUUGAGGAUGAAACAUUUUCGUGAGAUUGUAAAUACUUGUGUAAACCAGACCAAUGGUGUUAUUGGACAAAUGUUUGGACCUGCAUCUGCAGUGUAUGACUUAUGAAUGUGAUUUAUGAUAUUGCCAUGCUGUGUAAACAUUUAGAUGCUAUAGACACGGACAACAUUUGAAGCACCUUUGCAGGGUCUUUUUUCUGCAUUUAAGUUUGCAUUUUAGUGCCAAAUGUAAAGUAUGCAAUGUAAAAACUGUUAUGUUUAGAAAUGUAUAUGAGGACACUUAGCAAGAAAAGCACAUUUGAAUCAGAUCACAUUAAAUGACCCCUCAACAAAAAUAACUUAGAAAUGUUUGAUAAAUGAAAAACAACUUAGAAAUGAUUGAUAAACAAAUAUAGCAAGAUUUAUUUAAAACCCAACACAUACAAAUCUUGUGAAUUGUGAAUAGAACUGUGAAUUAAGUUAACAAUUCCCUUACAGAAAAGACAUGUGAUCACAUGUGAAAUGUGUGUUUUUGGAACAUUUUGGUGUGAAUUCCAUGUGAAUUCCCACGUGAAACCCAUGGGAUAACAUGUAAAAACCCAUGGGAUAACAUAUGCGACAUGUCUCCACAUGUGAUCACAUGUUCUUCACGUCACCAUAUGUUGCACAUGUCAUCCCAUGGGUUUUUACAUGUUAUCCCAUGGGUUUCACGUGGGAAUUCACAUGGAAUUCACACCAAAAUGUUCCAAAAACACACAUUUCACAUGUGAUCACACGUGUUUUUUUGCACAUGUUAAACACAUGUUGUAUACAUGUGAUCACAUGCGAAAAACAUGUGAAAUUCAUGUGAAUUUUCUGUAACACUCAAAACUGAGAAAAACCUUGGUAACCAUUCACUUCUAAUGUAUGGACACAAAAAAACAAUGCAAGCCAAUGGGUGCCGUCACUGUUCGACAACCAACGUCCUUCAAAAUAUCUUCUUUUGUGUUUUCUGCUGAAGUUUCUUUCUUUGAUUAGAAACUCAUACUUAUUUUUAUAUUUAUAUAGGCUGAUAUAGGAAUGAGAAAGCAACUUUAAAUAUUGAUUCUGAGGUGAAAAGAAAUAAUCUUAACUAAGUAUAUACUACAUUAUCUUUUUAGAAACAUUAGGAGUGUAAAAUAUGUACUUUUCUUUUCUUUUUGAGGCUGUGCAAUAUAUCUUUUGGAUAAACCCAUGUUCAGUUGAUGUAGCAAGAGCAAAGAGCUCUUCAAUAUUUAAUGUUGUUUUGCACUAUUAUGUGAGAUUCUCCUUCUUUCCUUGAUAAUACGACAGAAAAGGAAAUGACUUUCUUAAAGAAAAAUUAAAUAUUAAAAAGAAAUGGAUAGUGAUGGCAGAUUCCGAGUAAAACAACCUCGAAGCCAGUCUGUAUGAUACCUUGUUUGAAAACGUUACUGCAUUCUAGUGACCGCCUGAGGAUGCUCAGUGAAUAGCACAAACAACCCCAAGUUUAAUUUUUGUAGUUGACAGUCUAUGAGAGAUUGUAUUACCGAACAAGAGCUCCAUUAUGACCUUACAUUAAGUAACAGACAUGUCUACAUGAAGUUCACUGUUAUGUUAUGAUGACUUCAUAUAUGGUCAAUAAUCUUUAUUUAAUUAAAAAUGCAUUUUCAGAUGACAUUACGUAUUAUUGUUAGCUGACGCAAACAGCAUAAAAUUAGGCCCUACUUUAGGUAAAUUAUAUCAAGCAUCUAAAGAGUAUUCAGUACACAGGAUGCAAGCAUUUUGUUCAUAUCUAGCCUGUAUCUCCUCAAAGUAUUCUCUUUAAACAUCUUGGCAAGCAUAAAAAAUUGUGUGAUUACAAUAGACAAGUAGAGUCUCUGCAAUGUGUGCACUGGAACAUUAAAAUGAGUAUACGGGCCUAGAGAGUAUUUUUGUGAAGAUAAUAGUCACCUGCUACUAUGCUAAACAGUAUAUUAUUUUUAUAACCAUGAUAUGCACCGGUAUGUAUUCAUUCAGUGGUAUUUUCUUCCCAACUGUGUUCAAUCAAUAAGUGCAAUAUUGUACAGAGAUACAGGGUACCACAACAUGACUAAAUGACAGUAUGUAUAGAGACAAUAUUUAUUUUGUUUUAUAGUCAUCCUUUACUUACCUUCUUGUCAUUUUAAACCUGUAUAACCUUCU